ACACAAAACAGAGUAUUUUGGAAAACAACAGUCAAAAUGAACAGUUUAAGGUUCAAUAUGGGAUUUUCUGUCCACUGGAGUUGGCUUGCUGUACUUUCAUAUCUUCUCUGCAUGGGAGGUGAAGUUCGGUGUAAUUGCACAGAGGAGAAUAUGCAGAUUGAAGGAGGUGAUUACACAUUGACCAAGAAGCUGGAGAGAGGCAGCCUGUUGAUCUACCAGUGUCCUGAGGGCUACUAUCCAUACCCAACUUUGACCCGCCUGUGCCAGGCUGAUGGCACCUGGACACCAGCACCCAAAAGAUUUGCACUUCAGAAAUGCAAGAUUGUUGAAUGCCCAGACCCCAAUGUGCUGGAGUAUGGAAAUGUAUCCCCUUCUCAGGAGAAGUACUUUGUAGACAAUGAGACCACGUAUGAGUGCUACUCUGGAUACACAAUGCGAGGCUCAUCCAGACGUGUUUGCUUACCAAAUGGGAAGUGGAGCGGCUCCACUCCCAUCUGUAGCCGUGACUCAGGGGAUAAUUGUGCUGAUCCUGGUGUCCCAGCUGGCGCCUCAAGAACCGGGAACAUAUUUGGAAUUGACGACGUAGUGACAUACAGCUGCAAUGGCAACCUGUUUUUGGUUGGGUCGAGUAAAAGAGUGUGUCAGGAGAACGGCCAGUGGACUGGCAAAGAGCCAGCAUGCUACUACAGACACACUUAUGACACUCCAUUGGAGGUUUCACAGGCAUUUGGCAGCGCAAUCAAAGACAGCCUCACCAGUUUAGAGUCCAUCGAUGAUACACAGGAGGGGAGAAAAAUCCGGAUUUCAAAAAAUGGGACACUUAACAUCUAUAUCGCAGUUGAUGUUUCUGAGAGCAUUGAAGAGAAACACAUCAAUGAUGCAAAGGACGCUGUCUUAAAACUUAUUACAAAGAUUUCAUCCUUUAGCGUGACUCCAAACUAUGAAGUUCUCUUUUUCUCCUCUGAUGUGUUUGAAGUUGUCAACAUUAUUGAUUUUUUGGAUGGCAAAAAAGUACUAAGCGCCAUCAAGACUGAAAUGGAAAAUUUUAAAAUAGGUGACAAAAACACUGCUGGAACAGAUCUGAACCUCGUCUUUAAGACCUUCUUGGAAAGAAUGGCUUUUAUAAAGCAACGAGUUGGAGACGAGGGUUUUAAGGAACAUCGUCACGUCCUCAUCGUUUUUACAGAUGGUGCUUAUAAUAUGGGCGGUUCACCUGCACCCACUGUGGCAAAAAUAAAGAACACGGUAUACAUGAACCACACCAGUGAAGGGGAGACUCAAUCAAGAGAAGAAUAUCUUGACAUUUAUAUGUUUGCCAUUGGAGCUGAGAUCUUUGAUGACGACCUGAUGCCCCUCACAGCAGGGACCGGUGGCCAGCAUUACUUCAGAAUGAAGGACAUUAACAAUUUACAAGAGACCUUUGAUGAAAUAAUUGAUGAAGAAGAAGUAAAGGGUCUAUGUGGUCUUCACAGGGAGUAUGACACACAAAAUACCAAAGAAAGCAUGAGGAAAAUGUAUCCAUGGAUGGCAUUCAUUACUGUCCAGAAUGAAGGAAGGUCAAAGAAAUGCAUUGGCUCUCUGGUGACCUCUCAGUUUGUCUUGACUGCCGCUCACUGCUUCACAUUUGGAGAUUUACCUGAGCACGUCACAGUUGACAUUGAUGAUGGACAGGGCAAAGUGAAAAGAGUUAAAACUUUCAAAAUACACCCAAACUACAAUAUUAAUGCUAAAACGAAUGCGGGCGUGAAGGAGUUCUAUGACUAUGAUGUGGCUCUCAUUCAACUGGAGAAAGAUGUUCAAAUCUCCACUGCCGUUAGACCUAUUUGCAUACCAUGCACCCAGGAGACCAGUGAUGCUCUAAAACUGGUUGGACAAUCAACCUGCACACAACAAGAGCAGAGUCUGUUAAAGAAUCAUCUUGAAAGACUCACUUUCCUGACCAGGAUAGGAAACGCGGUAAAAGAAAAAGAUGUCCACGCUAAGCUUGGCAGCAAUAGAGAUGAAUGCAUCAAACAUGCACUAAAGGCACCAGGCAUAACAACAGAUAAUCCAAAGGAUGCUGUGACUGAUAUCUUCCUGUGCACUGGUGGUCGGACCCCGCAACGAGAUCAUAUAGCAUGUCCAGGUGACUCUGGAGGUGCUGUGUUCAAGAACUUUGAACAUCGCACAAUACAGGUUGCAUUGGUCAGCUGGGGAACCAAGGAUCUGUGCAAGACGGGUGGUAGUAUGGUCGAGUCAGAUGAGACCUCCAGAGAUUUCCAUAUUAAUCUUUUCCGAGUCAUCCCUUUUCUCAAAGCUGUCCUUGGAAAUAACACCCAGGAUGAUUAUGCACCACUUCAGUUUUUGGGGAGCUGAAUGCAUUUACACACCGUUUGUUUUGCUGUAUGUUUAAAAACACUGGCUUAUGUUAUUUUGCUGAUUGAUGCACGGAUGAUUGAAUUAAUCUAAUCACUCAUUCAGUCAGUUUUUUUUUCAGACUGUGAGUUCAUAAUGAAAAAGAUACAAUUUUCAGAUCUUCAUUUAUUCAGCAUUUUCAGUGGUCAACCACUAUGUAAAGAAGUUAAUAAAUCAGCAUUAACCUUGAUGUUUUUGAAGAUAAGCUAAUUCAAAUGGUUAACACCAUGGAUCAGGGUUAGUGACAGUAUAUGUAUAUGUGCUAGCUAUCCAAUUAAUAUUGUUGACUGUUAGGCCAUUGUGGCCAAUGUUGCAAAACAAUCAGUAGAACUGCUUUAUGUUACUAUUGGGUAUUUAUAUGAUUUUUGAAUCAUUGUGAUAAUCAGUGGUGGAAGAAGUAUUCAGAUCAUUUACUUAAGUAAAACUAUCAAUACCACACUGUGAAAAUACUCCACUACAAUUUUUGGAUUAAUAUUACUGGCAAGUUAAUGUGUAUGUUGCAUUUUACUGCUGUAGUUGUUUAAGGUUGAACUAAUAUUAACCACUUUAUAUACUGUUGGGUAGUUUAAUCUACAGCAAUGCAUCAUAUUCUAUAAGAUCAUCAUAUGUUUGUUGCGUCAACUUUUCAUGAGCUGAGAAAAACAGCCUGUUUCAGCUUUGUGACAAUGCAGAAUUCCAGAUAAUCCAAGGAGGUUCAUCCUUCAGUUUAUCACAAACAUCACCACAGUGUAUCACCACAUCUGGAGAUACAUGGUUUUCACAGGAAAGGAAGGGGAUGAAAAAUUGAUCUGAAUCUGAAAAGUAACUAGUAACUAAAGCUAGAUGUAGUGGAGUAGAAGUUUAAAGUUGCAUAAAAUGUUAAUACUCAAGUAAAGUACAAGUACCUCUAAUUUGUACUACAGUGCCGUACUUGAGUAAAUGUACUUAGUUACGUUCCACCACUGGUGAUAAAUUACCUUUAUUUGUCAGGUAAUAAAUUCACUGAAUCGGCCAAAACAGACUUUCAUGUCAGUCUAUUUUAUCCAUAAACAGUCCCUCCAGAGAUUUCCCAAAAAACUAAAUAAUACAUCAUCAUGAUAUACUGCAUAUCAAUGACGUAAUUAUUCAUAUAUUCAUGAAAUUAUUCAUACUGUGAUAUAGAUUUGAUCCAUAUUGCCCUUAUCUUAGACCAUCACAGCAAAACCAGACAUGGAGCUUAACUGUUUUGUGACAGAUUCAAAGUUUCAUAUUGACCAGAUCACUCUCAGGUCACAACUUGACCAAACAAACAAACCAGACAUCAGCUCCCGUAAAUGACAAUCACCAACGUCACAAUUCUCACAUGAACUGGCAUGAGAGUGGAUAAGAGUCAAUGAGAGAAUCUACAGUCCUCAUAGGUGAGUGCAGUGUGGUGUCCACUGUUGAAGCUGCUCCACUGCUGGCUUUGCUUGUGUACAAGUGAAGAUAUUUCAAUAUAACUCUGACUGUAUGAGGUAGGAAAAGCAUUCAGAUUGUUUGUUAAUUAUAUUAAUAAAAUAAUGCAGACCUA